UCCCGUUGCUUUACCACUCUUCCAACAUUCGUGCACUGUGUUAGCUUGGAGUCUGCGCACUACUAUGAGAUGGAAAGAAUGGAAUAUUUAACUCCAUCCAGAAGUGAGAAGGCUGCCACUAACUUGGACUUGGAAAGCAAUAGAACGGCCCACUUUAAAUCGUCAUGGCAACAGCAUGUAAAUGUGUUCAGCUCCUCGAGUAGGCCAGCGUGUGUGGAAGAGCUGCAUCAGGAGGCCCAACUCAAUCUCCAGAGCUUGCUGCAAGAUGAAUAUGAAGGGUCAUAUUCUGACAGCAGAGUAACGGGACAGACUUUCCGUUGCUGCAGCUCGGAUCACUUGGGGCCCCCUCUGGAGCAGACUCUUCAGCAGAUCGUCAACAAGAAGACGGGUUUUAUUUUCCUGCCAGCUACAAAACAAGUCUGUGAAGAUGGGACAACCACUGUAGGCAUCUUGCCACAAGACACUGGACACGUAUUUCCAAAAAUUCUUGAGAAGCAGCACACCUGGAAUCAGACUUUAAUACUACCAACUGUGGAAAAGGCUACUUGGCACCUGGCACGACCCAAUCAAGCCCACAUAAUUCCCAUCAAUGUCUCUGGACAGGCGUUUGAUAAACAUUCCAUCGUGCACCAGUCCCUUUUUAAUACCGAGACUGCUGUGAAUCCAAAGUCAACACUGCGAAGGAGAAGAACCAUUAUUGGACUACCUGAGACACCCAUCCAAGAUCGAGGACAUGCAAUGGAUCAGCAUUCAGACAGUGGUGACUUAAACCUUGGCAACUACUCUUUUGAAGAUUCAAUCAGCCGACAUUGCUCCUCUACACUGGGAGUUGCCCCAUACUCAAUGCCGCUUAGAAAAGCACACAGUGAACUGGACCAACCUGUGUCUGCUUAUUCUGACAGAAUGGAUCAUUCUGCCCUGGUGUGUGGUAGUCCUUCCUGGAAUGGACAAAAAGAAUCCACAUUUUCUCCUUUGUGCAAUAACUCUUUUACCUACAUGAUGCCUGUAAGCCCCAUUGUGAGACAGUCUUCCCAUCCGAGCACAUUUUCAAAACACUCUUCACAAGGAAGUUUUAGUUCAUCUUCACAGGUGAAUUCUUUCAUGUGCCAGUCCAAUGAGCUAGCUGAAAAUAUGGGCAAUAGAGAUUGUGCAGACAUGGCAACUGUGAAUCUUGAGCAGAAAAAUCAAGCCUUGUACAGAGAUAUAUUGAAGUUUCAGGAAAAUUCUUUUUCAGCCCUGACAGAUUCAGGGUCAGUCUGUUCAGCAGACAAUUUGUACUUUGACCACAGGAGGGAGAGUGAAAGUUAUGCUAUGAAUUAUCCCAGCACAAGUUCAGAAGAGAGUACGAGUGCAGACAACGUUUCCAUAACCGCUGAUUUCAGUGAGCCACGAAGACAAAGAUCAAAGAGUUUCUCUCUUAGGAAGCCAAAGAAGAAACCUGCUCCUCCUGCCCGCAGUGUGUCCUUGAAGAAAGAUAAUAGUGGCCAGCAAGUUGAGACCACUGCCCAAACCAAAGACCCAAGGCCAAGGAGUCUCUUCAUACCCAGGGAUAAGAACAUCCAACAAAACUUGUUCCAGCCAAGUCUUUCCUCCAAAAAUGUUAAAAGCACAUCACAAUAUGCUUUAGCAAAUGAUACUCAAACAACAGGACAAGAUGGCGAGAUACACUUUUCUAGUCAUUGGUACACAAAUGAUUGGAAGUCAGAUGAUCCAUAUAAAUCAUUAUCUAGUUCCAGCACUGCUACUGGCACGACAGCAAUUGAGUGUGUAAAAGUGAGUGAUAGCACUGAAUCUCUUAGUUCACCCUCAACCUCUCGAGCAACAUCUCCUUUUCAGCUCCCUGCUGAAGCCAGAAUCAAUUCUCCAUCCAAGCCUCCAGUUCUGAUGUCCCCUUCCAGUGGCUACUCUAGUCAGUCGGAAACACCAACAUCAACUGUCCCCACAUCACUGAUCAUUGGUCACUCCACACAGGUCUGCAGGUUGAGGCCUAAAGUUCCACAAAGGAAGUCAUCCCUCCCUGCCACAUCUCCAAGGGAAAAGGGUCCCCGUUCCAGGCUGUCAAUUGAAUUACCUAUCAUUCCUUCUUCUCAUACAGACUUCACUGGGACAGCAAUGUCCUUUAGAAGCAAACCAAGCGCCAGCAGAAGACACUCUGAUUCUUCAACAUCACUUCAAAAGAUAAGCCCGAGCCAACCAGUCUUUCCUAUGGUUACUCAGUUGGAUCUAAAGUCCAUUAGACUUCGAUCAGUCUGUAAAUCUGACCUAGACGAUAAUGUGGAUGGGGUUUUUGAGAUGAUUGAAGAGGAGCAAAGUAAAGAUGUGUAUGCUACACCACAAAGAAAAGUGAAGCCCCCGGUAGCCUUAAAACCACAGCUGGCAAGAAGGCCCAUAAAUUUCAUGGUGAAAUCCCUUUCAUCAUCUCCAGUGAGUUCAGACUCUCCACCAGUUUCUCCAAAAGAAAGGGCAGAACAAUAUUGCCCUGUUCAACAGCAGAGCAAGCCAAGUACACUCAGAAAUAUAGAUCAUCUAAUAGAUGGAAACAUUUCUGAUAUUCCCAAAACAGCAAAUUCUGCUGUAUCUCCUUACAGUCCAUGUGAAGAUGACACUUCUACAGCAUAUCCCACCAGGAUAGUCAUCCAGAGCCUAUCAGAGAUGGAAAAGAGGAAAACCAAAAUACCACCUCCAGUGCCCAAAAAGCCACAACUGUCAAUGCAGUCAACUAAUUCAGUCUCUGUUAAUGAAACAUCUGAGAAUCCUGAUGUUACUUUAGUUAGUGGUCACACCAGCAGCACCAGUGUAUCUCUAUCUGAAGAUUCUUCCAGACAGGCAGAAAACCACAUUAAACUGAUUGCACUUAAAACCACAGAAUUUGAGCAAGACCCAGAAGCUUCUCCUAUUGGCACUCCCACAGAUAUUUUGCCAAGCAAAAGCUUAGAGGAAGUUAGUGAUAAAGUCAUUCGGCAUACAUCAGAAGAAGAUGAUGAAGUCUUUGUGCAGUCAUCAACAUCUCAUACCACAGAGGAUCUCUUCACUAUUAUACACAGGUCAAAACGGAAAGUUCUAGGAAGGAAAGAGACAGAUGACACAUUCCAGAGGCCAAGCACAGCUCAAUCCAUCAAAACCAGCCAAUCAAUGUCCACUUCUGAGCAGAAGCAAACCUCACCUGGGAGGAAAGGAAGCUCAUCAAGAUCUAGUUCCAGGAAUGAGAACUUCAUGGCUUUACUUCAGAGGAAAAACAGCAAGAGUGGUCACGGCACAAGAGUUUCUGCCAGAGAGCUCCUCAAAAGCACCAACCCACUAGCACGCAGAGUCACAGAGUUCUCACUGCCAGAGCCAGAGUCAAACAAAUAAUCAAAAACCACAUUGGUGGCCAUACAACUGGCUUACCCACCAUCUAGGAUAGUAAAAGCUUUUUAAAACAGUUGUACUGUUUGUUUAAAUUUUAAGCACAAGUAUUGAAUUAUAUAAAACAGCAGUAUGCAACAGCACUAGUUAUUGAUUAAGGCUAUUUACUGUAUUAUACAGAUGGUGUAAGCAACAGGGUCUAAACAAUUGUGUGUGUAAGUAUUAGAACUGAUGCAAUAUUUCCAUAUUAACAGAAUCAACAAUUCAAUCACAAAGCUUCUCCUAGAUUGUCUUACUUUUAUUGACAACUAUGAUGAGUUAUGAAAAUGGAACAUAUUAAGUGAAAUGGCCUGCAUCAAGUGGUGUCUGUGGCAUAACUGGCAAAUGCACAGGAAUAUAUGUAAUAGAAACCCAGUGCUGGAAGACCUAAAAGUAAGUCUAACAUACUGUAAAGGCAUACUAUACAAUGGCUUUGUAUUUAAUGAACAGAAAAAUAACUAUUUCUGAAUAGACAUUACUCAUGUUUAGGUUUCCCCCUUACAUUCAUUAGCAGUUAUGAUGGUCACUUUUAAAAUGUGUUCUUCAAAAGAGGCAUUGCAGUCACAAACCUCAUGUAUUUAAUAAGACAAGUUAAUUACAUCUUCAAGACCUAAACAACAAUCUAACAAAUAUCACUACUACAUGAAAGCACUAUAUGUAAUGAACACAUAGGUACCAAUCAUUUAUUUGACACAGCAAUUAGCAUUAGAUUCAGGGCCCAUAGUCCAUUUACAGUGUAAAAAGAAUGAUAACUCACUUUUGAAAUAAAAACUUAAAAGGAAGUUCUACAAUUACAAACUUUAUGCUUGUGUUUGUAGUAAUAAUCUAGGAAUGAAAGACCUGAAAACUGUAAUAACAAAGUGGGGUACCACAUGAAAAUGUUACCUUUAAAGAAGACGCAGGAGAUUACCACUCAUUGGACAUCAGAACUAAAUUUGAGUUUGGUUGUCCAUUCAUAAACAAUUUAACUGUCUGGUGUAAAAUCAGAAAACUGGACUAAAGAACAACAGUCACAAAAUAUUUUUGACAGAACUGCCAACCAACUCCUGAUCUUAGUGACCCUGAACAGCAGAAAGGGCAGGAUUAGAAACAGAGGAAGAUUAGUUGAGAAAUAAAUACAUCAUGCCUUCUUAUGGGUUUUCUUUUUACAAAACAUUCAUCCUUUUUGGAUAUUUGGGUCUUCUAAUGCAGGAUUUAUCAUUUGCACACACUGUUUCCUUAUAUUUGCAGAUUAUGUUGUGGGCAGUUCACUUUAAAAAAUAAGUGAUGCUAUUACUUCAGUCAAUGUAUUUAAUUUAGUAUAUCAUAAAAUAAUUUUAAGACUUAAAAAUUUUAGUGAAUGCUUUGUGUAAAUUGUUGAACCUCACUACAUACAUGCAUGCACUGUGGCUGUGGCCGUUUUUUACAGCUGUAUACGCUGUAUGUACUGUAUAUGUGUGUGGUUUAUAUACAUACAUAUAUACACAUAUGUACUGUAUAUAUAAAGA